UCCUCCCCUUGACUUUAUAUAGGCUGCUUAAUCAUUCUGAUUAGGAAAUAUAUAAUGACCCAAUGGAUUCUCUGAUUCUCAUGAUAUUCCAAGUGAAAAUUUUAUUUACAGCUGUACCUUUCCUCACAAUCAUGAUCAUCACCAAAUAUCCAACUUUAAGGAUUUGUCAGAAAAAUCUGUCAGGUCUCUCAUCCACUACUGAAAACAAAAUCUCCUAUUAAUUCGGGGCUUUUGGUUUUCUAAUUAGUUGGACAAAUUGCUCAAUUCUAUGCUUUACAUUGGGAUGACAGCGAGGUAGAAAGUAGGAAGGUUCGGAUUUUGUAUAGGCUUUGAUGUCAUGUAGAGCGCGUGGCGAUCCAGCUGCAACCCAAAACACCAUGGAAGAGAGAGGGAGAGAUAUCAGUUUCAAGUCACUUUCACUGUAACGUGGUGAUCAUAAUUAACUUUGUUUUCCUCAUGCUGAACCAGGGAAUAAGUUCGUGUGGUGUCACUAAAUGGAAUAUUUUAGCAUUUAAAGGAACUUGUCUUCACUCUCUCCCUCUCUUAGCCAUCUUCACCUUCACCUCAGCCUCCCAACGGCUGGAGAUAGAAAACCCUCGAUCUCAAUCCUCAAAUAUCACUUUUCCCAUCAGGUACAAUUCUUUUCCCCAAAAAGACCAGUGUUAUCUAUUGCUUUUUCCUCUCCAACCGACAAAAGUUUCAAGGGUAUUUUAGUCAGUUUUCCUGGCAUAUUCUACUCAAGGCCAUGUUGCGUAGGACCCAUUACUGUCCACGUUUGCUUUUAUCUUCCACAGGUAAAUCUAAAAUGAAAUUCUUCUCAAAUUACAUCGCUGCAUAAAGGUACUGCUUCCCCUCAAUUCUCUCUUGUGUGUACUGUUAAAGCCAUGAUGAAGAAGCUGGCCUUGCAAGAUUCUAUCACAUUUCCUGGAAAACCAACCCAAUCCACAGCUGAAUGCUGGUUUGACGAUGCAUGUAUCCUGGAUAUGGACUACUUUGUCAAGACCAUCUCAGGCAUUAAGGCCAAGGGGGUCCGUCCUGACUUAAUAGGCUCAAUCAUAGCGCAUUAUGCAUCAAAAUGGCUACCUGACCUAUCCAGCGAUGACGCCGGAAAGGGUCCUACGAAUUUUGAAGAGUCAUCACCGGAGACUGUUACAGCUUCAUGGAUGAAAAAGAGAUUCUUUGUUGAAACCUUGGUGGGAAUUCUGCCUCCUGAGAGAGAUUCCAUUCAUUGCAACUUCCUUUUACGCCUUCUUCGGACAGCCAACAUGGUCGGCGUAGAGCCUACCUAUAGGGCUGAGCUCGAGAAAAGGAUUUCUUGGCAGCUUGACCAAGCUUCACUGAAAGAGCUCAUGAUUCCGUCGUUUAGUCACACUUGUGGCACUCUGUUAGAUGUCGAGCUUGUUACAAGGUUGGUUAAGAGAUUUGCUAGCCUGGAUGAAGGAGCUAGAAGUGGUGUUGCUUUGGUUAAAGUAGCCAAGCUUGUGGAUUGCUACUUAGCAGAAGCAGCCCUGGAUACCAAUUUGAGUUUGGAUGAGUUUAUUGCACUUGCUGGAGCUCUUCCUGGCCAUGCCCGUGCCAUGGAUGAUGGCCUCUACCGUGCCAUUGACACUUAUAUGAAAGCACACCCUGGUGUCUCAAAGCAAGAUAGGAAGGUUCUUUGCAGAUUAAUAGACAGCCGAAAACUCUCACCGGAAGCAUCCCUCCACGCAGCUCAAAAUGAACGUUUACCUGUUCGAGCUGUAAUUCAAGUGUUAUUCUCGGAACAAUCCAAGCUCAACCGACAUGUAGAUUGGAGUGGUUCGUUUAGUGGAACAAGGAGUCCGAACCCGGGACUCGAACCCCCAGCUCGCUGCCUGUCUAAACGUGAAAUGAACGCUCAACAAAUGGAGAUAAAGAAGCUAAAAGAAGACCUGCUCAAGGUCCAAAGCCAAUGCCUUGCCUUGCAAAUGCAAAUGGAGAAAAUAAUGGAUAAGAAGAAAGGGUUUUUCAGGUGGAGGAAGCUUGGAAUCAUGCCUUCGUUUAAGAGUAGCGUGAGCGUUUUUGAGAAGAUUGAAGAAGGAGGAGAAGGAGAUGUUAGUUUUGGCAGGCAAACACCCAUGGAUAUGAAAGCAAAGCUUGUUCGAGGUAGGACUCCUCCCAAGUGGAGAAAAUCCAUGUCUUGAAAAAGAAGUAGAACUCCAAAUUAAUUUGCUGUUGCAUUUGAUGCUGUUAUAUAUACAUAUAUAUAUAUGUAUAUAUAUGUUAUUUUGUAUGUUUGUUUUUGUCUUUGUAUUAUUCUAAUA